AAAGAACAGCAGCACAUUGCCUACAUGAUCAGAAUCAGGGCUGCCAACGAGCUCCAGUAAAUGAUUGGAAGAAUAUUAAAAGUGCUGAGGAUGUUCGGUCUGAGAUUGCUCACACGCCCGUUGUCCAUCGGGUGGCCACGCCUUAUCCCACGCCGGAAUUAUGACGCGGGCUACAAAUUGCGGGAAGAGACCCGAUGGCGAGAGAAUCUGGAAGUGUUGGCCCGUAAGGACGUGACCUUGUUUCACUACGAGAAUCCCACUCGGAUGGCCUUGUUUAACGGCGUGGCUGCGGCGCUAGGGCCCCUCUGGGUGUAUCUAGGAUCGUUUGCCUAUGGCUUGGCUUCCAAGAUGGAUCCGUAUCGGGAGAAGAUGGCGGAAUUGGACCAAUCCCCCAUGUGGAUCUUGGACAAUGUGGAUCAAGCCAGUCGGGGCGUGGGCACUGCGUUUUGUCUCUUCGGCCUUAGUUUGAGUACAUAUUGGCUUUUGCGAAGUCGUCACACCGUGAGAAGACUCAUUCUCCGCAAAGGUGGGAAACUUCUCACCAUUGUGACCUAUGGAUUUGUUGGCACAGGUUCCAAGACAAUCACCCUUCCCGUAACUCAAUGCGCUGCUGUUCAUCAGAAAUUCCAAGGGAAACGUCGGAUGUUCAUAACUGUGAACGAUUAUUACUUUAAAUUUCAAUUGAAUGUGGAAAAGGGCACGUUCCUGAACAAACCUCUGUUCGAUCGUACCGUUGGGAUCUCAAAAAUGGUUUAAAAUGUGACUUUGUGUAGUUGAUGUCGUCUUUCCCCUUCCUCCAUGCUAUUCAUUCAGAGCGAAAUAAAAUACAUCAAUCGAACUUGAAA